AUGAAGAGUAGCGUCGAUGUCGUGAUCGUUCGCAAGACCCUGGCGUACCAGAGUAGGGGAGCUACUUACAUUAUGGAACAUGGCAGUGGGAACUCAAGAAAAUUCUUUCCAUACGCGAGAAGAAAUGUGGCCGAGAAAUCUGCGAAACCUGGGCAGGAAUGCUCGGCGAGGCUGGGCGGAUCGCAACAUAUUGCAUCACGACGCAGCGGCCAUCACCGGGUCCAUGCAGAGGGUGAUGAGUGGGAGGAUGUAACUGUAGAAGAAGCCGAAGAAGCCAAAGAAGAGGCAGAAGAGGCAGGUCGGCGCAGGUUGGCUGGGACUGGCGAAUAG